UCUUUUUUUUUUUUUUGUAUUAUUAUUUCUAAAAGCAUGGAUGAACAUCAAUUGAAAAACAUAGUAGGUAUCACUGCAGGUACUGCUGCUGCCGCCUUAACCGCUUUGGCUAUCAAAUACAACGAUCGCGCCCUAUUUGACGAACACAAUCCAGGAACACCUUAUCGUAAAGGUUAUCCUCUUCUUGGUACUCUACCUGGUUUGAUUCGAGGCAAGUGUACUAUUCACGACUUUACUAUGAAGGCUUUCAAUGAUGCUAAUGCUAUGACCAUAUCUGUUUCAAGUUUGGGCAUUCCUCAUGCUGUACAAACAAUUGAUCCUGCGAACGUUGAACAUAUUUUAAAAAACAAUUUUGAGAACUAUGUCAAGGGUCCAAAAUUCAAUGAAUCUACUAAAGAUAUUUUAGGACAUGGUAUCUUCAAUGCCAAUGGAGAACAAUGGAAAUGGCAACGCAAGGCUGCAUCUUUGAUAUUUAACGUCAAAAACUUUCGGGAUCAUUUUACCGAUGUUUUUGUAAACGAAAUGGAAAUCAUGUGUGACAUGUUCAAUCGUGCUACUGAAACCAAUGAAGUUGUGGAUUUACAUGAUAUGAUGUUCCGCUUUACUUUGGAUAGUUUUGUAUUACUUGGAUUUGGUGUGGAUAUCAAAUCAUUGACUCAUGGUGAAAAAGUACCUUUUGCUGCCUCCUUUGAUAUAUUACAACAAGGUGCCUUUGAAAAGUUCAUAGACCCAUUUGUGAACGUAAGAAAUACAUUCAAGAAAUACUUUAUGCCAUGGGAAACUACACCAGAACAACAUUUGGAGGUCAUCGAUGCAUUUGCUAAAAACGUGAUUGAUGGGCGUCGUGCACAACUAGCUGCUGGAGAAGUACACAAAGAUUUAUUGUCUCGAUUUAUGAAUGCUCGAAAUGAAUUUGGAGAACCUUUGAAUGAUGUGGAAUUACGUGAUACUAUUAUGAACUUUAUCAUUGCUGGUCGUGAUACUACUGCUCAAGCUUUGUCAUGGACUUUCUUAUGUUUGGCUCAACAUCCUCGUGUAGAAGAAAAACUUGUCAAGGAAAUCAUGGAAUAUAUUGAUGAUGAUGUGGAACAUGAUUCACCUGCUCUUUAUGAAAAAAUCAAGGAUAUGACUUAUGCUCAUGCUGUCUUUUAUGAAGUAUUACGACUCUAUCCAUCUGUUCCUGGUAAUCAGAAAUAUGCUUUGAAUGAUGAUGUAUGGCCUGAUGGAACAACUAUUCGAAAAGGUGAUUAUGUAAACUGGUCACCUUAUGCUCAAGGUCGUUCUGAAAAAAUAUGGGGUCCGGAUGCUAAAGAAUUUGUUCCUGAACGUUGGUUGACUCCUGAAGGUGAUCUUCGCCGAGAAACACCUGGCAAGUGGCCUGCUUUCCAUGCUGGUCCUCGUGUUUGUCUUGGUCAAAAUCUUGCUACAUUAGAAGGUUUAGUAGCUCUUUCGUUUUUACUUCGACGUUACAAGUUUACCAUGGUGCCUGGACAAAAUGUGACUUAUAAUGUAUCUCUUACUCUUCCAAUGAAAGAAGGUCUCAAAGUAUUAAUUGAAAAGCGUGUAUAGAAUGACUCCCUCUCCUUUUGUUACAUCAUAUCUUUAAUAUACACAUUCUCUUUUAUUUAUUUAUUUUACAUCGACUUAUUUAUUCAUAUAUGUAUUAUUAUCUCUAUAUUUUAUUUUUCCCAUUCAUUAUAUUUUCUCUUGUAUGCAAUAAAAUCAAC